AUGGUCACCGAGCCGCACUUAAUCCCGGUUGGUAACUCCAACUGGCUGGGUAGCAAGUGUGGCUUGGCGGUCGUGGUGGCCUGUCUCGCAGCGGAUUCCCUCCCCUGUUCGAUCAGGAAGAGGGCGGACUCGUAUGUGGCGAUUGACUACGGGCCCGUCACUGUGGUGGGGGUGUAUCUCCCCCACUACAGGAACAAACAGGGCCGCGGCAAACUUGCCCGGAUUGAGAAGGUUCUAGGCAGGACGUGGGAAGCUCUGAAGGCCGCCAUCAAGGAAGCCAAGGAGAAGGCCUGGGAACGACUGGUGGACUCCCUAGACGAAGACCCGUGGGGGCGCCCAUACAAACGGACGGUCGGAAAGAUACGUCCAUGGGCACCCCCUCCGACGGAGUCGAUGGACCCCCAGGACCUCGAGGGGCGCCUCGACACCUUCUUCCCGAGGGUGGAGGAGAGCCCUCCCCGGCUCCCCGUCCCGGAAUUACGGGACGGGAACUGGAAUGAGGACCUGGGGGUUUCACUAGAGGAGUUCGCCACGGCCAGGAAGAAGCUCGGGGCUAAGGGCAAAGCCCCGGGCCCCGACGGUAUUCCUGGCCGCGCCUGGGCCCUCGCCCUUGGCGAAGGGAACCUAUCCGCAGCUACGCGGGACGUUCUGGAGAAAUGCCUCAAGGAGGGAGUCUUCCCCCAUAAGUGGAGGAGGGCCAAGUUGGUCCUCCUCCCUAAGGAGAGCAAGACGCCCGGUGGGGCGCCCGGUGGGGCGCCAGCCUUCAGGCCGAUAUGCCUGCUGGACGAGGCGGGCAAGAUACUCGAGCGCAUUAUUGCCAAUUGCCUCGUCCAGCACAUGUCCCUGGAAGGGCCGGACCUCCACAGCAACCAGUACGGGUUCAGGCCCGGACGCUCUAUGCUGGAUGCCGUCCAGCGCGUCCGGGACCUGGCCCGUGCCGCUGUGGAGGAGGGGGGCAGGGUGUUGCUCGCGGUGUCUCUCGACAUCACUAACGCGUUCAACACCCUGCCUUGGCCGGAGAUUGGACGGGCCCUCGAAUACCACGGGGUGUCCGUCUAUCUCCGGCGCAUCCUGUCGGCCUAUUUCAGGGACAGGUACCUCGCCUACUCCGGGAGAGGCGGGGUCCAAGGCUGGCGCCGAAUGGAGCACGGUGUUCCACAGGGGCGCCUGGCCCCCCGGGUUCGCAAGAUGAGCACGGCUCUGGCCGGCUUGAUGCGAACCCAGGGGGGCCCGGGAUGGCGGGCUCGCCGCCUCUACGUCGGUGUCGUGCACUCGGUCGCCCUCUACGGGGCGCCCAUCUGGGCGCCACGACUACUGGCCACCGGCCGCAACAAGAACCUGAUUCGUCAGGCGAUGCGGCCGGUGGUCAUGAGGGCGAUCCGGGGGGAGGAGGGACUAUCGGUCAGGGACCUGAGGGCUCUAAAGGCCCAGGCCUGUGUCCGGACGCUCGACAAGUGGUCCGCCGAAUUGGCGGACCCACGAGGGUUCGGCCGUUGGACAGCCGAGGCUGUCCGCCCCUGCCUAUCAGAAAUGAUGGGCAGGAGGGGACGCGGGCUGUCCUUCCAUCUGGUGCAGGUGCUGACCGGACACGGAUGUUUCGGGAAGUACCUGCACAGGAUCAGGAAGGAACCCACCGCCGGGUGCCACCACUGCCCGGAGCGAGUGGACUCGGCGCAACACACGGGAAGAGUAAACUUCGAACAAUCGAACGACCAAUGGCACAAGUUGCAAAAUAAUGGCUCAAAUUGUAAAGCAUGGCGAAACAAAGGCUUAAAUAUGAUGGCUCAAAUGGAAUUGCUCAAACACUUCACAAUAAAGAUGUUAUAA